GAUAAAGUUUUGCACUUUAUAUAAUAGUAAUAAUUUUUGUGUGCAAUCAAUCUGUUAAAGUCUUUGCAUAUUGCAAUAGUCUUUGAGUACCUGAAAAAACUAUUACUGAAAAUCUUCUUACUAUAAAGUAUUUGGUAAGAUCUUUAGUCAACACACAUUCAGUUACACAAGUGUAUUUAUUCUGGAGAAGAAAUUUUUACAGUGUCAACAACCUUUUCAAGUAUAAUGAUGUCUGUCUAUUUUGUUUGCACCUUCAAACUCAUGGGGAAAAAAGCCCUAUGAAUUUAAAUGAGAAGAUAACCCUUAGAGAAAUUCAUAUUUACCUUCAAUUACAUGAAACAGCUAGUUCAAGUGUAAAACUUUAUGGAUGUGUAUUAGUGCCUUUUCUGUGUUGUGAUAUAAUGUCUAUGUCAACUUAUAAAAGAGUUUAAUUUGGCCCUUUGUUUCAGAGGGAUAUAGGAUCACCAUGAAAGUGGUAUGAUGACAGGUGUCAGACAUGGCAGCUAAAGCAGGAGUCUAGGAUUUCACAUCCUUAACCUGCAACAUGAAGCAGAGAGUGAGAACUGGAAAUGGUGUGUGGAUGCAAAUUCUCAAAGCCUACCCCAAGUGAUAUAUUUCCUCCAGCAGGGCAGCAUUUCCUAAAUCUUUCCAAAUGAUACCAACAACUGAGAAGGAUUGAUUUCUCUGACUUCAAUCUUACAUGUUUGCUUUCUGUUACAUGAACCAAUUCAUGAUUAAGAAAAAACUCUGUAAGUAAUCCUUUAUAUGCCUCAACACCUGUGUUACAGGGAUGAAUGCUUACAAGAGAAAAACUGUCAUGAGUGAAAAUUUGUUUUUUUUAAGAUUAGUUUUAAUUAUAAUUAUGUGAUGUCAGUGUUUGUGUGGGUAUGUGUGCUACAGAAUGCAGAAAUAUGAAGUAGGAAUUCAGCUGACUAUGGCAAAGCUAUUAGCUGGAAGAGUCAAGGAUUUUUCCAGAGAAAGCCAAGACUCAAGGAGUAUUGGUAUUAUUUGGUUUUUGAAUAUAACAGCUGUUUUCUGCUAUGAAUUUCAGUGUGCACUAUUAUAGAUUUCCCAAUUGAUUCUUUUUUCUAAGAACUUCUAAACAGUGUGGAUUGAUCAUUCUUUGGGCAUAUACAAUUAAGAUACUUGGAUGACAGUCACACAGGCAAGGCUUCCUUCUUCUAGGCUUUUUGUUUCUCUUUUUUAUCAUUUAGAAUCAAAUAUCUCCUCUAGCUAUCAUCCAAGGCCAGGGCCAGCUCUGGACAAAAGCAUUUUAUCUGACAUACCUCUCAAACAGCCAAGGAUAAAUGACAGACAGAAUAAGCAUUCCAGACCACCUGCUAGUCUCCUGAAUUAAGGUAAAUAUCCAUAUGGAGACACCACCUAGGCCAGGUGGAUGUUAGGUACAUAGCUUUGUUUCUUGUGCAAAUUAAGCUCAGACCCUCCUUUCUUACACAGCCUUAGUGGUAUCUAGAACAAAAGGGCUUUUUGCAUACCAGGUACAUCAUGCUGUGACACAGCUGUCUAGAUGCCCCUGCCCUGCCAGAAAAUGGUGCAGCUGAGUUAUACUGAGAAAGAUAGAGCCCUAAAGAAAUAUAGGUGGUUUUAUCUUACUCAUGAUUUAUACUAACAGUGUAGACUCCUAACAUUUUUUUCUAGCCACUUCUAAGAUUAUAGUUUGAAGAUAUAAAUUCCCUUUUCAGUAUCUCUCAACUGAUUUCAGCCUUCAGUUGACACCACCUCCUUUAAUCACUCUCCUUUGUGUUGUAAAUGAAACUGUCAAUCACUGUUCUUUGGGUGAAUCCAUUCAUCUCUCCUUUUGACUCCUGGAAGCUGGAUUAUGCAUGGAAAAAGACUUACUGCUUGUAAGUGUUUGCUGAUUUCUGAGACAAAGUAUUGAUUUUGUUGGAUGGCUGUUAUUGAUGAUUCAUUCAGUUCUACAGUAGAAAAGAAAUAAGUGGGACAGAAAGAAAUGAAAAGUCAGUUUCAUAGAGAAAAACAGUAGUAGAUGGUUUCAGAUGGCAGUCCAGUGGUGAAACAGAGACAGGAAUUUUCAGGGAGUUUAAUCUUUAAAGGAAAGGUUCUUGCUCUGUAUUGAAAGUUGAGAAAGAUUCCCCAAGGGUAAGAAUCCAUCCAGCUGAGCCUUCAAUUUAUGGAAGGAGUAGGCAAAGUGAUUCCUAGUCCCAGGAGGCUUCAUAUAGAGCCUGCUAAAUAUAUGGUCCAUGUGUGGCAGGAUCCAUCACAACUUAGAAGCAUAAUUCAGGGGUAUCAUCCAUGAUGUGCUGGUUCUGGAAACAAGAAAGAUGCAAAAUUUAAAGUCAUGGCAUCCUCCUCUGUGAUUUCAGUUCAGCACUGUUGCACCCAUCUAUGUUUGGCAGAGUCAGAGUCUUAGUGAGGAGACUGAGAGUUCAUUGCAAGAAACUGUGAAGAUAAAUCCUAAGUUGCAUUUUGAGACCUCAAGGUUGAGAUAACUAAACUAUGUGAAAUCUGCCACAGAGAACUGCAUAUAGUGAGUGGAUAUAACCAAAGAGAAAGAUGUAUGAAAAAUUGCAGGGAUAGGGCCAUCUAAACUCUUUGAAACUGAAGCCUUAUGUAUCUGACACAGAGCUACUGGAUUUGAUGGUUGCCCUGCGGGGUUUCAAUCUUGCCUUGGUCCCAUCUUCCCUCAUUAUAUCCCAUUCCUCUCUUUUGGAAUGUAAAUUUGUAUUCUGUGCCAUUGUGUGUUGGAAAGAUGUAACUUGUUUUCUUGUUUUACAAGAUAUCACAGUCAAGCAAUUGUCUUGAGUGUCAGAAGAGACUUUGGACAUUUGAACUGUGUAGGGGUUGUUGCAGACGAUGAGGAUCAUUAAAGUCAGGCUUAAUGCAUUUUCAUCAUGGGAUGACCUUGAACCUAUAGUGACCUGGGUCAGAAUUUACUUGAUUAGAUGAAAAGCUUCCAGAUGGGAUGAUGUAUUUGAACAUUUGUCUCUCCUUGGCAGUUUUCUUGUGGUGUUUGGGGAAACCUUUUGUAGGAGGAGGCUUUCUUGAUGAAAUUCCUCACUAGGGAUAAGAUAUGCUUGUCUAUAGCAUCUACCCAUUUUCUGUUAAUUGUAUCUACUAUUUUUUUUGUUGAAACUGAUAAGCCAGCUUCCAUCUCAUUCUGUUAUGCCUUCUCCACCAUUACAAUUUUACAUUGCGUAAUAUAAAAUUGAAGCAAUUGCUAUUCAAUUCUAAGACAUUUUGCUAUCCUGUAUUUUGCUUUUUAAAUUUAAUUGUUUUUAUUUCUUUUCUUUUCUUUUUUAAACAGGAUUUUUCUGUGUAGCUUUGGAGCCUGUCCUGGAACUCACUCUAUAGACCAGGCUGACCUCAAACUCAUGGAGAUCCACCUGCCUUUGUCUCCUGAGUGCUAGGAUUAAAGGCCAUUAUUAAAGCCAAUGCCCAGCUAUUUCCUUUUUUGAAGACAAGGUUUGUCUUCAUAGCCCUGGCUGUCCAGAAAGUACCUCUGUAUACCAGGCUGACCUCAAAAUCAGAGGUCCAAAUGAUUCUGCAUUCUGAGUACUGGGAUUGAAGGUGGGCCACACAUGCUUGACUGUUUUUUUUUAUUUGUUUGUUUGUUUGGUUUGUUUUUAUUUUUUGUUUGGGUUUUUUUUAUAUUAUUGGCUGAUAGACCUAGAAUGGAGUUUUUUAUAUAUGUCAAGCAUAUGCCAUUGUGCUGAGCUUCACCCACAUCUUGAAUUUUGAAAUUUGGCAAAGGGUAUCAUUCUCUUUCCCAGGAUGGCAGCAUUCAUGACAUUAGUACUGUUUGAGCCUUCUGAGUCAUUGGAUUGCUGGUGUGUGACAUUCUUCCUACCUAUUGUGUUCAUUUUUAAUUCUUUUGAAUGAAUAUGAUUCAUUUGCCUCUAUGCAUGAAUAUGCCCCACAUGUGUGCCUAGUCCUCAUACUAGUUAGAAGAUGGUCUCAGAUCCCAUGGACUUGAAGUAAUGGAUAGUUGUGAUUCCCCCAUGUAAGUACUAGCAAUUGAAUCCACCUCUCUGCAAGACCAGCAAGAGCUCUUAACAGCCAUGUCUCCUGUCCUAUGUUAUUUUUUAAACAUUUACAUUGCUAAUAUUUUUCUCUGUCAAUUUGUAACUGUUUAAACACACAUUGCCUUUAUUGAGAUCUUAUUCAUGAUACAAUUUAAACUAGGUCAUUUCAGGUUUCUAAAAGAUAAAUAUAGAACUAGAGUAAAUGCAUAAGUCUUUGUAGGAACUUCAGUAAAAAAAAAUCUGAUUUCUUUCUACUGUUUUUGUUUGUUUGAUUGAUUUUUGUGGGGGAGACAGGGUCCUAUUAAUAUAUAACUAUGACUGUCCUGGAGCUCACUACAUAGACCAGACUGGCAUCUGACUCAAUUAAAUUCACCUUCCUUUGCCUCCUGAGUACAGGGAUUAAAGUCAUGAGCCAUUACACCCAGCUUGCCCAUCUCUUUUCUAGUUAGUAAUUAAUUGUUCAUACAACUUCUCUGAUUUAUUCUCAGUACCAUUGUUCUGCUUGCUUCUCUCUCUUUAUGUUUGUUAAUUGAUGUUUCUCUUUCAAGGCUAUAUAUAUUCAAAGGGCCAAGAAAUGACACAUGGGAACCUCCUGUUCAGUUUACUUCUAAAAUUACUUGGUGGUUACAUUAGAAGUUCUGUGUCAUGGAAUAAGUGUGGCUAGCACCAGAAUUAUAUGCGUAUAAUUAUACACCUACAUGCUGUUAGUAUCACACUUUCUACUGUACACAUGUAUGGGAUAUUUUAGAAUGCAUUGACCUAUGAAGAUGUGCAUGUCAACUUCACUUAGGAAGAAUAGGCUUUGCUUGACCCUUCCCAGAAGAGUCUGUACAAAGAUGUGAUGCUGGAGACCUAUAGGAACCUCAUGCUAUAGGUAAGACUGAAUUUUCCCUCACAAUUUAAAAGAGGGGGACAACUGUUACUUGGUUAUUGAUGCUCUUCUGUAACUUCAAUUGAGAAAGAAGAAGAAUGAUGUGAAUAAAUCAAGCAUGAAUCUAAGGUUCACUGAAGAUAGUAAUUUAAAUAUUGCAAAACAUCCAGUAAUAAAUCAUACAUUUUCUGGUUCUAUAUUUUUGGCUACAAUGAGAAGACCAUAAUAUUGAGGAAUGUUGUCAAAUUUCUAGAAGACUUGGAAGGUAAUUUUUAUGUGCACAUGGAUACAAAUGUGCCUCUGAAGAAAUUUUAGUGUGUCCUGGAAAAUUUAAAGCAAAGUAACAGUGUAAAUAAAAUAAGCGCAGCUUAAUGUGUAUUGAUGAUUAUUAAAUUCCCCCAAAAUCAUGUACCUCAAUGUCAGGUGGCUGAUAUGUGUUUACAAGGCAUUCCUCUAAGAAAGAAAACAAGGAAACAGUGCCUUUACAGACAUCACCAUUUGAAUCACAGCUACAUGAGAGCUAUGCUGUAGAACUGACAAUCUGUUUAGUUUCAUACCACUGAAAUAUUGCCAAAAGUGUACAUGUUGAAUAUGUGAUAAGUGUAUGUCCAAAACCUUCUAAUAAGCAAAUAGUCCAUAGCAAAACUGGUGUUACUCAUAUACUUGUGACUUUGCUAAUUUUGGUGAGAAGGGAAGUUUAUACUAGUCAAGAAUGUUGUGGAGAAAUGUUAAUCCCUAUAGCACAGGUCCAUGAGGAACGAAAAGACAAACUGUGUAAAUUCAAUAUGGAAAAAUAUUAUUUUUCAUUUUCCUUUAAUUGGUAUUUCAUAUGUCAUUCUAGAUACAAGCCAUGUGAACAUGGAGAUAUGGAAAGAAGCAAUGUACCUCUCUUUCUCCCAGAACAAUUAGAAGAUACUUAGCAGUUCCACUUUGAUUAGAUUUGUUCAAUAUGAUAUAAAUUUACAAUUAUUUGGCUUUCUGACUUCAUUGAAAAUAUAUCAACAAAUUCACACUGCAGAAAAACAUGUAAGAAUAGCAAUGUAUAAAUACUUCUGUUUGUCUUGGUUUACUUUUCAAAUGUAGCAUGAUUCACAGUAUAGGAAAAUUUAAGAAUGCAGUAUUUGUGGUAAAGCUCUGAGUUCUUCUAGUUCUCUUCAAAUAUGUGAAGAGAACUAAUAUAGGAAAAAGAUGUUACAAAGGUGAGCCAUGUAAUAAAAGCUCUUACCAUCACAGGUAUCUUCAAAGAUGCAAAACAACCCUAAUGAAGGGGAACACCAUGAGUGUAAACACAGUGAUAAAACCUUAAGAUCUGAUUUCUCUUUACAAUUAGGUCAAAUUAUAAAUUAAUUCAUACAGAUACAAAGAUUCAACAGUGUAAUGAAUGUGGUAAAGCUUUUACAUGUGCCAAUUAUCCUUGCAGCCACAAAAGAAGUCACACUGGAGAAACUCUAUAAAGGUAGUCAAUAUGGUGAAGGGUUUAUGCCUUCUGUAAGGAGAGAAAAGGAACUUGCAGGCAUGAAGACUGACUUGUCUGUAUGGGAUGCUAUUCUGUUUCCCUGGCACCUGUAAAAGCCUCAGUUAGAAACCUGGUGUGGUGGUGAAUCCAGAUGACAUCAAGGUUGUCAGGAGAUCCUGAGACUUAAACAGAAGUCACUCUAAGGCUGGGGCCAUCAGGCAUUUAUAAAGAGCUAUGGAGUAUGAAAGAACUGUUAGGGAGGGAGCUUUGGGUGUGAAAGCUAAAGGAUCAAAUGGCCAGAGAGCAAUGCUUGGGGUGUACCUGAGGAUAAGCUGGCUCCUACUGUGCUCUUUGUAUCCACUCAGCUGUGAUGAUCAGGCCUUCCAGGUCUUCCAUAGUUUCCUUUUUUGGCACUACAUGUAGCUGACAGUGAUAGUACCCUGCAGGUCUCCACUUUGCAGUCCCCACUUGGACCUAAAAGCUCCUCAGUUCCCACCCUGUCAAUCCUUGGAAACCGCCUGCCUGGUAGGAAUAAGGAUAUGCCUAAAGACACAUUUAUAUCUCUCCCUUUUGCUAACAACUUGUGAAACAGUGGACCCCAUGGAAUUCUAAUUUCCCCAUUCAUUGUGAGAAAAGACUGAGUCCUCAGAUGGAGAAUGUCUGUACUGAAGAAACAUUUUCUCCUCAUCUGACCACCUUUCUGGAGAGACAGGAGCUGAGAAUGAGGGAGGUUUUUACAGAUGAAAAAAAUUGAUUAUAUGGCUUCAUUAGAUUAAUUAGUUUUGCAUAUCUUUUGCCUUCUAUCAAAACCUGUUAGGACCCCAAGAUUGGAUUAGUUACCUUAUAUCUUCACCACUGUUCCAAAUUAGUCAAACUAAAUAAAUAUCAUGCUUUCAUUAAUAAUUUCCUUUCCCCCUUUUCUAUUGUUUUCUUUUUUUUUAAAGCAUAACUUUACUAUGAAUCUCUUGGUGGCCUGGAACUCACUCUAUAGACUAGGCUGUCCUAGGACAUCAGAGAGGUCUGCCUACCACGCCUCCAGAGGUCCCAUACUAUAGGUAGCCAGAUCAUAACUGUAUAACUCAGUUCUUUUAAUUGACUUACUGAGGAUGUAUGGGUGAGCUUGGCUGGUUAGGGUAGCAAGGACACAGACUCUUGUCUAACUCCAGUAACAGAAAAAGGCUCCCAUCAAAUGUAGGCCUCCUGCAUUAAAGUCCACUGUCUUCCAACUAUGAACAAUAUUAUUUUUCAUUAUCAGUGAGUCUGUUAUAACUCAUCAAAGGACCUGAGCAAAGUUCUGUCCUUAUUUUACAGUUGUUGAAACCCAGGCCCACCUAGAUAAGUAGUUUUUGAAUAUAGUUAAGUGUAACUGUUUAUCUUACUCAUCCCAUCUUUCUAAUGCCUCACUAAUAAAGUUGAAGACAACUAAGCCAAACAUGGUAGCACAGGCCUGUAAUCAUGAUACUUAGAAUUUGUAGGCAACAAUUUUAGGAUGUCAAAUUCAUCCAAGAUGAGAAUGGCCAAUGAGGCAUGUUGGGGGGGACUAUGGAACUAAGGAAGACUGUGAUUGGCUCAAGACAGUGUACAUAGUCUUCCUUGCAGCUCCAGAAUUUCAGGACCAUAGCACCAGCAAUUAUUACCUGAGAUAUUUACCACCUCAAGUUUUCUGUUCUUGAUAAUGUUUCCUGUCCAAGGCAACUUUGGGGUCAUACUCUUGUUGCUCAUUGAAGAGUGGAAUUCUCCUACAUAAGAGAAUUAGCCUCAAGCAGGGAUGAGCUUCCUAGUUGCAUAUCUAAUGCAAUGUCAGCCCUGAAACCCUAUAGACACAACCAACAGAAAUGGACUUAGCAGUUUUUAUUCAUAUAUUUGUGCAUAUGUAUUCACACAUACUUAAGGAAGCAAUUGGAAGGGAAGAAUUUGAGAAGGGAUUGAGAGAGGACAAGGAUGGCAGAAAGUGAUGUAAUAUAUUUUAAGUAAAAUAUAUCAAAUAAAUUUUAAAUGAAAAUGUGGCUAGAGUGAUAGCUUAGCAGUCAAGAGCACUGGGUGUGGUUACAGAGGACACAUGUUCCAUUCCCAGAAACCACCUGGUAGCUAUCUCCAUUAACUCCAGUCCCCAGGUAUCUGGUGCCCUCUUCUGGCCUCUACAGGUACUGUGCACAGAUGCUUGAAGGCAAAUACUCAUAUACAUAAAACAAAAAUAAAGCUUAAAGAAAAUUCUCUAUCUUGAUGUCACAUCCCUGAGAUAGACAGCUGGCAGGGCUAGUUAAAAUGAACUCCUUCUGAUCCUUCAUGAAACCAACUGUCUGCUUUCUCUGAGCCAGCAUGCUCAGGGGCAAAAGCAGCCUUAUUCUGUCUGAGGUUUGAAUAUCUCAGCAGGACUGUUCAUCUAAGAACAGCAUCCACAGUGACUUUUCUCUGAUAUUUUCUGUAUUUGUGUUCUUAGCCUUUUGUGUGUGUGAGAAUGAAAGACAAUGAUAUAUCUCCUAAAAGUAUUGAUACACCUUUUAAAUGUAGAACCUAAUGUAUGAUCUAAAAGAUGGAUUUUUCUCUCUAAAUCUUCAUCUGUCUAAGUAGUUAUACUUGCAGUCUCCCGUCCCUAUUUAAAUUGUUCAAAGUAUAUCCUUGGGCCUGAUCCUAAAAGAAACUUAAGGAUGACAUCAUAUAUGUAAUGUUGGAUGCAUGCUGUUAUUAAACAGAUUUUUGUUUAUUAAUCUCUUAAGCAUGUAGAGUGAUUUCUCCCUAUAAAGGCAAAAAUUAAUUGUAGAACAGCUGUACCUCCUGCUUUUUGGAAUGUUUCUGGAACAGUCACUCUUAUCAGGUGUCCUUGAUCCCAAUCUGUUGUUCCCUAGGGCAAUGACCUUACUAUCCUCUUGAUUAAAGCAACUAAGUUUUUUGUUGUUGUUGUUUUUUGUUUGUUUGUUUGUUUCUUGUGUUUUUUUUUUUUUGAGACAGGGUUUUUCUGUGUACCUUUGGAGCCUAUUCUGGAACUCACUUUGUAGAGCAGGCUGGCCUUGAACUCACAGAGAUUUACCUGCUUCUGCCUCCCAAGUUCUGGGAUUAAAGGCAUGUGCCAUCACUGCCCAGCUAAACCAACUAAAUUCUUAAAUUAAAGGUCAGUACCAUGACUCAGUUUUAAAAUUACCCAUUUGAGUCAUGUAGUCAACUAUCCAUUGCAGUCAUGGGAUUAAGAUUUUUGUGUGAAGCAUGGCUUCUGCCGUCAGACCAGAAUAGAAGGAAUAAUUUCUUGUGUACACUGCAGGAAGAAACAGGAUAGGCAUUCAGCUGCUGGAGUCACCAUUGUGAAAAAGGACCUGAUUGUGGCAGGGUUAGUGAUUUUGUAAUUUACCAACAUAUAUUAAUUCAUGUCAUGUGAAUGUAAGCUGGCCAGAUUGAUUGGUGUACAAUUUGGGGAGGUUAACUUGAGCCAAUGAAUAUUGAAUUUCUAAACUGGGGCACUCCUUUGCAGAUAUGACUUAACUGGUUGGCACAGUUAAGUCAGCUCAGAGGGUUGAGACACAGGCCAUUGGCUGUAGAUGUAUGUGUGAGGUUACAGAUCUCAGCAGCUAAAAUUACACAUAGGGACAAGGUUGAACAGUACCUUACUAAUGUCAUUCUUUCUAUCAAAGAAUGACCUGCUCUUUUUCAAGGUCAGGAUAGUUAGAUGUUUUUUCAAUUAUAUUUAUCUUUUUAAAAAGUCUAUUUUGAUAUUACUUUUUAAAUUUCAUUUUGUUUUAAUGUAUUACUCCUAUCAUCUCUAUUUGUGUCUGUUCUCCAAUGAUUCUAGGUCAUUAAUAGAUUCUCUCCUUUUUUCUCAAGUGCUUUUGGUUAUUUAUUUACGUUUAGAGCAAUGUCCCUUAUAGCCCAGGCUUGUCUCAUGCUAUGUAAUUGAGAAUUUCUUUAAACACCCAUUCCUGCCUCUGUUGCCCAGUGCUGGGAAGACAGUCAUGCAACUCCUUCCAGGUUGGGCCUUGACUGGUCAGUGAGAAGGAAAAAUAGACCAGUUUAUUAAUGUUCUCCAAUCUCUCUGGCUUUUACUGGGAAUAUACAAAUGAAUACAGACCUGUGCAAUAGUUGAGUUCACUGACCAACUUUAAUCACAUAUAGUCAGCAUAGAAAGGAAUGGGGAAGAAAGAAGGUGAAAGCUUUCCUUCUGUGAUAGUAGUUGACAGUAGCAAUGAGUACUGAAGUAAUCAAUCUUAGAUGAGCAAUAAGUGUCCUGACUGGCCACAGACCAGAAAAUCAAGAAUCUGGAAAAAGAAACUUUCAUGAAGUCAAAUUACUGUAGUUGCAUCUAGUUCAACCAUAAUAGAAUAUAUGGGCAAAUGAUAUGGUUCUACCUAACAGGACUAUUAUUUACCAGGUUUAAGAUGUACAACUUGAGAGAAAAUGUGUGAAUAAUCUUUGGUGUGCUCUCAUAUGAAUCUCUAUUCUCUGGAGCACAUGGUCAUAACACCUGUUUCAACUUUUACAAAUAAGUUUUGGGAUUAUGAUUAUGUCAUUUCCACAAUUUCUUUCCUAUCUCCAAAUCCAAGUAUGUCAGUCAUUCCAGGCUGGGCCUUGACUGGUCAGUGAGAAGGAGAAAGAGAUGGGAAUGAGUGUCCUAAUGCAGCCCAUGUUUUUAUUGGAGAGUGGCAAUGCAGAGUUACUUGUAUAAGAAUGGAAAUUCGUAUUUCACACAUUAUAAGCUGUUAUGGUCAUAGUAUAGAAAGGUAUGGGAGGGAAGGUGCCUUAAAGUUUUCCAGUUUUGUUUGCAGUUGGGAUUACCAAUGGACAAUCAGUUAAUCAAUUAUAGGUGAUCUAUAAUUGUCCUGAGCGGCCAUUUUUGGGGAUCCCCAGACCAGGUUCCUUGGCCAAGCAAUUGACCUGUCCCCAUUUAAGUCCUAGGUCUGCACCCAGGACAGAGAUUCUAUUCUCUUGACCAAGGGCCCUUUUUAACAGGCUUUCAUUACUGCUUUUAACUUUCCUCCUUCCUAAGGCCCAUAGAAUCACUUAGCAUCAGGGAUCAGAACUUCCAAAAUACUUUUGGUAUCUUUGGCCUCUGGCAAGGAUGAAACUGCUCAGAGUCCAAGUGACACUUCUGCCUAUUAGUCAAGAAAGCAACUGGUUACUUUUCUUUGGGGUUUGUUUUCACCCUAAAUUGUCUAGUUGAUUUCUACCUCCAGGUUUAUCCCACCUCCCUCUGGAGGGGUAAUCCUAACUGCCAUUAUCGGAUUGGGGCAGUGACUGAUCUGGUUUCUUCAAGCUGAAUUUGUAUUAUCAGGUGGCAGUAUUGGGAUACCCUUCCAGAGGGCCUCUCAUAAAAACCAAACUCUCAAAUGUAGAUAGGAAAGGAAUUCCUUUACUGGUGUCUGGGAAGGACUAAAAUGUCCAAAGUCCGUAAGACAUUCUUGAUGAUCUCACAAUAGUACCCAUCUAUUAGAUGCUUCCCUUUAUACUCUACAGUUGGUCUCCAGAGUGAUGAAACCACAACCAGUUUUCAUGCCCUUUCAUAGCUGUUUCAUCAGCCAAAAUUCAGCAUGAUGCUCUUACCAUAUGACUUCUAGAUAGGGAGAGAAGAGAUAUUUAGCAUCAUUUAAUUUUGGGGUUACAGCAGUCAUGGACCUAUCUUCCUUGACUGGGCCAGUGCUCAGGGACCCAAGGUCUGAUGUCUUACAUCUGGGCAACAUCUUUUUAUCAAGAAGAAAAUAUCAUUGAGAUUGGUUGUCUAAAUAACAUCUCAUGUUGACUUACAUCCAAUGUCUGUGGAGUGUGAUCCCUUGAGUUGUUACUAAAUCUCUUAGUCUUUGGUUAAACCAAUUCUCUUAGUCUUCCUAGUGUUGAAAACCAUGCAGGUGGCCAAAAUUAAUCUUUCUUUCUGUGCUGUCAAGGCCAGUUGAGCAACUAGUCCUCAGUGGUCAUUUGUGCUUGAAAGGAACCUCAGACUAUCUUCUGGUCUUUCUUUUACCAGUUGUCCAUCAAUGUGAGGAUGUCAAAGGCUUUCUUUUACAUACUGUGGCUUCCUUUGAAGCCUUGAGGAAAUCCUUCCCACAUUGACCCUCCUUGUGUAGACUUAAUGUUUCCAAUUCAUUGAGUGGGGUCUCCAUAGACUCCAUGAACAAGACAACUAAUGAUCAAUGGCUUUUGUUCCCAGGGGACCUCAUUGACCUUGUAUGGAAAGAGGAGAAAUAUUCUCCCUUUUAAUCCAUCUAACCAUAUUAGAAUAACCUCCAAGAAUGAUUAGUAAACACCCAGAAGAUCAUUAUUACACCAGUUUGUUACUUUUAAUUAUUGUAUAAUAUUUCAAUAGCCGGAUGUAAUGCAAUAAAACUUGUUUGACAUACAUUUUAGCCAGUCCUUGAAGUAGUUGAUGUCUGAUCUUCCCAACUUUAGUAAAUACAUGAUCUCUAAAUCUUACCCUUUAUUUACCUUAAACAACUUACUCAGACCUUUAUAACUUGCAAAACCUUUCCAAUCUUCCUUAUUCUGGAGCCAUCCAGGUGUCAUCAUUCUUAUAUAACUAAGCUUAAGGUCAUUUCCACAUUUAUAUUCUUCUAACAUGUUCUUUUAUAUAUUGCUUCUUUUUCUAAUACCAUGAGACAUAGGAAUAUUAACAAAUAUGUUUAUAAUCUGUUGUAUGAAUUUUCUCCCUGGUGGAAGGGGAAGAAGCAUUGUUUAUCCCAUUCUCACAAGUCCCAAUGGUAAUGCAAAUCUCAAAGUGUUUCUAGGGGCCUACAAUUUCACCAAAGUCCAUCUUGGGGAACCAAUGAGUUUAUUGAGCUUACUUACUAAACAUGGUUGAAAAGAUACUUACAAAGGUUUGAUACUGUAGUGGUUUGAAUCAAAAUGGCCCCAAAGUCCCAUGGGAAGUGGCACUAAAGGAGGUGGGGCCUUGUUGUAGUUGUGGCUUUGUUGGAGGAAGUAUGUCACAAUCACUUUCUGCUGCCUGCUGAUGUGGAUGUAGAACUCUCAGCUCUUUCUCCAGCACCAUGUCUGCCUGCAUGGCACCAUGUUAUAUGCCAUGAUGAUAAUGGACUAAACUCCCUGAAACUGUAAGCCAGCCCCAGUAAAAUGUUUUCCUUUAAAAGUGUUGCUGUAGUCAUGGUGUCUUCACAGCAAUAGAAAAAAGAUACCCUAAAGCAGUCACAUAUUGCAUGAAUCCUAAAUGGUCUUAUAAUUAAAAACCCAGAGCCAGAUAUUGGGGUAAAUGCUGAAAGAUCAGAGAGACAAAGGAGCAAGCCACAGCCACUUCUCACCUCGCCAACUCCAUGAAUCCUCUCUAAAUGCUCCUGAGUCCACAGCCAAAAGGCCUGACCUCUGUCUCCUCCUGCCUUAUAUUUCUUUCCCUUCCCUGCCAUAUCACUUCUUGUCUCAACCUUCCUAGUGCUGGGUUAAAGGCAUGUGACUCCCAAGUGCUGGAAUUAAAGGUGUGUGCCACCACUGUCUGUGUGUUUCUCUUUUAAACUGGAUUAAUUUUUGUGCAGUCCAGGCUUUGAACUCACAGAGAUCCAGAUGGAUCUCUACUUCCUGAGUGCUAGGAUUAAAGGUGUGUGCCACCACUGCCUGACCUCUGUAGCUAACUCUGUGGCUAGCUCUGUCCUCUGAUCUUCAGGUAAAUUUUAUUAGAGUACAACAAAAUAUCACCACAGCCACACAGGAAUAUCUCCACCCAGUAUGUACAGUGGCUCUUCCGUAGUUUCAAAUGUGGAGCUCACCUUCUCUCUACUCUUCCACUGCCUGUAUACACUCCAUUACACUACAUUUCUUAGUGGACAUAGAAAAUAAGCCUGAUAGCACUCAAGGUAAAUUCUCACUUUUAAAUUUGGCUUUUUCAUAGGUGCAUACACACAAUCUACCUCCUCCCAAGUCUUUCCCAGGCUAUGUACUCAUAACUCCUCCCUCAAACGACAAGGUCACAUGUCAUUAGGACUGAAUUGCAUACAGUUGCCUGGAAAACAGACAGUAUACUCAGAAGGAGGGGUUACCUCCUUCCAUGAUGGAACAUCAACAGUCAACAAAAUCUGGUGGUGGUCAUCCUUUGUAAGCAAGCACAGCUGAUCAUAGGAAAGUGCCAAUUGUUUGUCUUAAGAUGGUGCUGAGCAACAACAAUUAAAAGAAUGUUGAAUACAAACUGUGUAUAAGAUUAUGUAAUAGCCAGGCAGUGGUGGCGCACACCUUUAAUCCCAGCACUCGGGAGGCAGAGCCAGGCAGAUCUCUGUGAGUUCAAGGCCAGCCUGGGCUACAGAGUGAGUUCCAGGAAAGGCGCAAAGCUACACAGAGAAACCCUGUCUCAAAAACAAACAAAACAAAUCAAAAGAUUAUGUAAUAAAUUAAUAUUUCCUAGGCACAAUCUGUUAAAGUAAACCUUAGAGAAAACACAAGACAGUCUUCAUAUAAUACAUGGCAUCAAUACUAUAACCAUGCUUUUGGAUUCUAAUUUGAGUAUGUAGUUAAUAUCAAGAAACAGCAGAUACAUAGCAAAACAUCAUGAAAUUGAUGUUUGCAGCAUCCAGUACAACAUAACUAAGAAAUCCCUCUUAAAACUAUGAUGCCCCAGCUUACUAUAGAGAGAUCUUCAUACAGAGGAUGCUCUUCAUGGAUGAGCAUCCCAUUCACUGUUUUUAUUAGUCAUGUGACCAAUAACAGUACACAUAAAAGGUGAAUAAACAUUUUCAUCCUAGCAUCCAAAUCUCUAACAGCCCUGGUUAACAUACUGUUUAUCUUUGGGGUAAAUUUUAGAGGCAGCCCUCCCUUAGCUAAAUUCUUCUUUCUGUGAAUUAGUAUUUCCUAAGCACUGGUAAAUCCUUUAUAUCACCAAUUCUACUCUUCUACAUUGCAGCUUAAUAGUGGAGUGCUACCCAGUACAUGAGAUGCCAUUAUCAACCUCCACAAAUUAACUCCAAAUGGAUAAAUGGAUCUUACACCUAAAUGUCAAAUGCAAAAUGCAGAACUUCUAGAAGAUACUUAAAACUAGGCCUCUCAAAGUUUGCCAACCUGCCUAGGCCUUGGGAGGUUUCUCUAAGACCCUGAUGUAUAGAUCACAAUCAGAGCUCCAUCUCUAAUACCAGGAAUAUGCUUGGGAGAGCUGGUAAUAAUCUGAGACCAGGGCCUUUUGGUAGGGUUUCUUCAGAUCCUAAGAACCCAAUACUUUCCACACAAGGGGCUGUGGUUUUCAGUCCCAACACUACUGUGGACUUCGUUUAUAAUGUUCUUGAGUUACUCCUUGUUCCUCUUUUGCAACAUUGUCUGAUUAGCCUCCUUCUGAAUUUGUACACUUUAUUUUAAAACUGAACUCAUUGAUUUACAUUAACAAGAGGCUUGCUGUUGAAUUUGGGACAAAUCUCCAGCCAAUCUGGGAUAGGUCUGUCCUUAGAUUAGAAGCCAUGGCUGGGAACUACUGUGGUGUGUCCCUUCUGCUCACCUGGUCCUGUCACUCAGGCCUCACUAGCCAUUCAGAGCCUUUGGCAGACCCGCCAGUCAGAUGGGUGGGUUUUUCCGGGAGCCAGGCUUCUAGCUCAGCUCUUCUCCUGAGGAAGUCACAAGUUGACACAUGUGCUGCGCCUUGGGCUCCUUUGUGGAGAGAGGGAGUCAGCUCAGCAGCAGCACCAUGGUGAGCGAGGGGUUGCUUUCCACAGAUGGAGAGGAGCGAUGGGCCAAAAUGAGUGAGGGACCGCUGUCCCGAGGUUGGGAGGAGUGGCCAGACAUGGUAAGUGAGGUGCUGCUGUCCCCAGAGUAGGUGGAGCAGCCGGCUGAGGCUCGGGAGCUGGUUUGAUGGGUUCUCCUCUGGCAGGGUGGGAGCCAGCUUCCAGACAGAGUUCAGCAUGUUCCCACCUGGUCCUACCUGGUCCAGCGUGGUCCUAUGUAAUCCUUGCCAGUCUCUGGGCUGGGCUGGCAGCCUCUGAAUAACUUCACACCCAUGGCUGUAUCUGCACAGAGCAUUGGGAGCAGAUCUGUGCUUAGAACUAUCCUUGUUGUUAAUAACACUGUGAAAUUCUGGUGCCUGUAAUGCUUAUAUUGUCAUGUGUGGAGAAACAUCACCAGAUUUACCGAACUCGGCAAGUAAUGGUCUCUCUAAUAUCUUCUCAGAAGUUCUACACUUUUAAUAUUUAACAAUUAGGCUUAUAAUUCAUUUGGAACUAAUGCUGUGGAGCUUGUAAACACUAUCUCCUGUGCAGAGAAGCAUUCCAUUGCUAAACUGUGAUGUAGAAGAGUAGAAUUGAUGAUAUAAGGAUUUACCAGUUCUUAGGAGACAUUAAGUCACACAAAGUAGAAUUUAGGCAAGGGAGAGCUGCAUCCUAAAUACUCGAAAGAUAAGUAGUUUGCUAACCAUGCCUGUUAGGAAUUAGUGUGAUAGGAUGUAAAUGUUUGUUCACCAGGAUUAAUCAGCUGUUAAGGUAUAUUCUGAUAAGAAGUGAGACAACCCUGAUUUACAACCAGCAAAAAGGCCCACCACCCCAUCAAAGGUCUCUAACAUGCUGCUCAAGGGAACAUUACAGGGUCACAACCAACAUUAGGUUCUGGUAUGCCAUGAAAGUAUUAAUAAUUCUACAACAGCUGCAUCUCCAGCCUUUUUGAAAAGCAGUUUUGAGUCAAGGUCUCCUAUAAUGAUUGGGUGUGAUGAUAUUUUGAACAGAUAAAAUUCACCUGAAGAUCAGAGGACAGAGUUAGCCAGAAAGGUCAGGCAGUGAUGGCACACACCUUUAAUUCUAGCACUUGGGAAGCAGAGUCAGAGAUUGUCUGGAUUUCUGUGAGUUCAAGCCAUAUCUAGGAGAGAAAUAGCCAGGCAGUGGUAGCAUACACCUUUAACCCCAGUACUUGGGAGUCACAUGUCUUUAAACCCAGCAAUUGAGAUCUCAUGCAUUUGCUACCAGUAUUUGGGAAGCACACAUGGCAUUAAUCCCAGUAUUAGGAAGGUUGAGACAGGAAGUGAUAUGGCUGGGUGGAAAAAGGCAUAUAAGGCAGAGACAGGGACUGGAGGCCUUUCAGCUGAGGACUCAGGAGCAUUCAGUCUGAGGAUUCCUGGAGACUGGAUUGGCUGAGGAGUUGGCAAGGUGAGAAGUGGCUGUGGCUUGUUUCCUCUGAUCUUUCAGCAUUUAUCCCAAUAUUUGGCUCUGGGUUUUUAUUAUAAGACCAUUUAGGAUUAGUGCAACAAUUGAUGUGGACUUAAACCCUGUUUGUAGCCCCAUAGGGCAUUGCUCUUGCUAUCCUCCUGACUAACCACCCUAAAUUCUUGGUUUACAGGUCUGAAACACUAGAGUUCUAAAUUACCAGUUUGAGUCAUAUAGUGGGUGUCCAUUGUAGUAACAGAAAAAGGAUUUGCAUGUGCAGCAUGGCUUCUCCCUUCAGACCAGAAGAGGAGGAACAGUAUACUGUGUACACUAUAGGGGGAAACAGACUAGACAGUAGCUAGCUCAGAGAGUGAAUUUGGAGGCAGUGAACUGCAGGGGUCUCCUUUACAAAGAAGGACUGAUGGGGCAUGGUGAGUGACUUUCUCUGGAAUUUCCUGUGGGAGCCUACUAGGUUUCUUAGUGACUGUACCUAGCAGAACUGCAUAAGAGGCUGAUUGGACCACAGGCCUGGGUGCCAGGUUACUGUAACUAGCAAGGGGAAGGUCUUUUGAUUCACCCCUUGGCAUUGUUAUAAAUAGACCUUUGGAAUAAAGUUCUGGGCCAGUGGAUAAGAAUCCAGGCCCACCCAAGUCUAGCCUGUGUUUUCUCUCUCCUUUCUAUUUCUAACUGUAGAUGUAACCAACGGUCUUAUAAAAUAAGAAACACAGAGCCAAUUCAGAGAAGAAAGCCAAGAGGUUAGAGCUAAGAGCCUCACCCUUCCUGAUUCAGGGAUCCUCUUCAGCCAAGAGAGCUCUCUGAAAAAAGGGGACCUACUUCCUGUGUGUGUCUUUAUAUAGUCUAGCUGUUCUGCCUUCUCAUUGGUUGUAAACCCAAACAUGUGACUGCCUCGUCACUGCCUGAAUGUACCGCCCUCCAGGUCCUUAAAGGCGUGCGCCACCGCCGCCAUGCACUUGCUAUGGCUCUCAUAGCUCUGACCCCCAGACAUCUUUAUUUAUUAACAUACAAUUAAAAUCACAUUUCAGUACAAGUAAAAUACCACCACAUUUCCCCUUUUCUAUUUUAAUUAAAAGAAAAAAAAGAAAAAAGUUAUAACUAACAAAAGAAAAACUAUAUACAAAAGUACAAUGACUAUAUACAAUAUAUACAAGUAAUAAAUGUCUAAACAAUGUCUAGUCCAUUUGUAUUUGAUGAAUUCAGAGAAAAUAAUUUCAUUAUCUAUCCUAUUUUGUUAAGUCCAAAAUGUAUCUAAUUCACUUUCUAUCCUAAUUAAUCUUCAACUAUAACUAACUAACCUUCAACUAUAACUACCUAAUCUUCAACUCCCUCAGAGACCCAAGAAGGAAAUAAUAUUAGCUUUUGUAGCUUGAGUUUUCCUGCCUGGCCCACAGUCAGGACAAAUCUCUGCCACCCGCCAGUCCCACAACCGCUCAGACCCAACCAAGUAAACACAGAGACUUAUAUUAGUUUUAAAUUGUAUGGCCGUGGCAGGCUUCUUGCUAACUGUUCUUACAGCUUAAAUUAAUCCAUUUCUAUUAAUCUGUACCUUGCCACGUGGCUUGUGGCUUACCAGUACUUUACAUCUUCCUUGUCCUGAUGGCGGCUGGCAGUGUCUCUCUGACUCAGCCUUCCAUUUCCCAGCUCUAUUCUCCUCCUUGUCCUGCCUAUACUUCCUGCCUGGCCACGAGCCAAUCAGUGAUUUAUUUAUUGACCAAUCAGGAACACAUUUGACAUAUAGACCAUCCCACAGCACUUCCCCUUUUCUUUUCUUAAAAAGGAAGGUUUUAACCUUUACACAUCUCCAAAGUCAGCUUGGUAUAUUUGGGAAUUUGGGCGUAGCUUCGAUACUACUUCCUGCUGGAGGGGGGCGCUGUAUCUUAUGGGGACACAAAGAAUAUUUUAGGAUUAUGGAGUAGUCCAUGAGGGUGUAUCGUCUGAGCCAGUUGCCUUGAAACAGUUCUGGAUGUUGGAUCAUCUGGUCCUUGGUGUCAUCGGAGACCUUUCAGGGGGUCUUGGCUGGUCAAACCUGAUGUAUCUUAAUCUGGAACAAAUCCAUAGCCUUUGGCUUUCUGUGGGAAGAAAAGCAGAGUCUCCUUUCCAAAGCAACAUAUCCUUAUAUCCAAAUUUUGAAGUCAAGGUACCUUUAAAAUAUACAUUUUGGCAUAACUCAACAGCUUUUGUAAUCAAAUGUUUUUCUUCAGUUAUGAAUAUCAAAGAGAACAUAAUCCAGAUUCUCUGUGUGGUAGCCAUCUUUACGUGGCUUAUUUUUUUAUAUUAGUUUGAGCCCAUUGUUUUAAACUGCAGCCUUCUAAGCCUGAAAGGGCACUGGCACUAUGGCUGCUGGCUCUGCCCACUUCAGCUUCCCAACAUGGCGGUGAUACGUUUUCCGCCAGCUCUGGGAGCCAUCAACUCUCAGAAAUAGUGGGUCUAUGCUUCUAUCAAAGCAACAUGUAGCCCAGAAACCUCUUUUCUUUUCUUUUUUUUUUUUUUUGUUUUGUACUAGCAAAGGCUAAAUCCACCACACAGCUUAAUGUGCCACUUGCAGAGGCCUCAUUCCCGCCAUACUGCAGGUCGAGCAUGCACACAUGCUAGGAACCCGCCAUAGUAGCUCAAACCGGCAGCUGCCGCUCAUUUGAGAGAGACAAUUAGGAAGCUGUUUUUAGCUCCGUUUUAGAAUCUUUUUUCUCAAUUUUUAGGUAGAAACUCUUGCCACCACGUUGGACGCCAUUUGUAGCUUGAGUUUUCCUGCCUGGCCCACAGUCAGGACAAAUCUCUGCCACCCGCCAGUCCCACAACCGCUCAGACCCAACCAAGUAAACACAGAGACUUAUAUUAGUUUUAAAUUGUAUGGCCAUGGCAGGCUUCUUGCUAACUGUUCUUACAGCUUAAAUUAAUCCAUUUCUAUUAAUCUGUACCUUGCCACGUGGCUUGUGGCUUACCAGUACUUUACAUCUUCCUUGUCCUGAUGGCGGCUGGCAGUGUCUCUCUGACUCAGCCUUCCAUUUCCCAGCUCUAUUCUCCUCCUUGUCCCGCCUAUACUUCCUGCCUGGCCACGAGCCAAUCAGUGAUUUAUUUAUUGACCAAUCAGGAACACAUUUGACAUAUAGACCAUCCCACAGCAUCUAACUAAGUCUCUUAUCCUUCAUUCCUCAAGAGUCCCUGGGGUAAAUAAGUGUGGGGGCUGGUCCUCCACAAUUUCCUACAGUGAUGUCACAGCCCUUAGGCAGACAGCAGGCAUUGCUAGUUAAAGUGAACUCUCUCAGGUCCUGCAUGGAAGCAGCUGUCUACUUCCUCUGAGGAGCAUGCUCAGAGGCAAAAAGCAGCCUUAUUCUGAAGUUAAAAUAGCUCACCUAAGAACAGCAUCCCAGUGCUAAUAUGUGACUUUUCUUUGAUGUUUUGUGUGUUUGUAUUCUCUGUCCUUUGUAUGUGUGAGAAUUAAAGGCAAUGAUACAUCUUUUAAAUGUAUUGAUACAUCUUUUAACUGUAGAUCAUAAUGUAUGAUCUAAAACAUAGAUACAUUUCUCUGUAAAUCUUCAUCUGUCAAAGUGGCUAGACUUGCAGUCUCCUGUCCUUAUUUAAAUUGUUCAAACUAUAACCUGGGUCCUGCUACUAAAAGAGACAUAGUGAUGAUAUCAUAUAUGGAAUGUAAAAUGUGUUCUAGGCUGGCUCCUCUUUGAACAUUAUCCAAAGCUUGAUUCCUGCUGUUAUUAAAGAGAUUUUUGUUUAUUAAUCAUUUAAGUAUGUGGAGUGAAUUCUCCUUGGAGGACAUAUUAAUUCUAGAAUAGCUGUACAUCCAACCUUUUAGAAAAUGUUUCUGACAUAAGCUCUACUAUGUUCACUCAAGUGGCCUUUGUUCAAGCUUAUUGCUCUCUAGGGCAAUGACCUUACUUUGCUCUUGAGCAAACCAACUAAAUUCUUAAUGGGCCCUUUAUCCCUUAGAGGCCUGUAGUCAACUAUCCAUUGCAGUCACAGGAAAAGGAUUUGUGUGUGGAGCAUGGCUUCUGCCUUCAGAAUAGGAUGAAUAGUUUAUUGUGUAUACUGCAUGGGGUAAAUAAUAUAAGGAAAUCAGCUGCUGGAGUUACAGAUAUGGAAAAGGACCUGAUUGUGGCAGGUUUAGUGAUUUUGUAAUUUUUCAUCAUAUAUUAAUUCAUGUCAUGUGAAUGAAGGUAGACCAGAUUGGUGGGUAUACAAUUUUGGGAGGUUAAUGAACAUCCACUUUCCAAGCAGGUGGCUCUUCUUUGCAGAUUUGUCAUGUCAGAGGGUUGAGACAGGCCAUUGUCUGUAGGUGUUUCCGGUUAUAGAUCUCAGCAGCUAACAUUUCACAUAGAAGUAAGGUCAAAAUGUAUUUUUUUAAAAGAUUUAUUUAUUUAUUAUGUAUACAGGAGAGGGUGCCAGAUCUCAUUACAGAUGGUUGUGAGCCACCAUGUGGGUGCUGGGAAUUGAACUCAGGACCUCUGGAAGAGCAGUCGGUGCUCUUAACCACUGAGCCAUCUCUCCAGCCCCCAAAAUGUAUUUUAUUAAUACAAUUUGCUCUACCAGAGAGUGUCAGUUAUUGGUUUCACUUUUUAAAUUUUCUUCAAAUGCAUCAAUGCUCUAAUUUCUUGUUUGUUUUAUUCUCCAAUGUUUCCCAGUUAUUAAGAAUUUCUUUCCUUUUUUCUCAGGUGCUGUUGGUUAUUUCUGUUUAGAGAAGAUUAUCCAUUAGUUUAGGCUGGCUUCACACUUUGAUCAUUUAAUACUGUCUCUGCUGCCAAGGGCUUCAAAGACAAUCCUGCCACUCCUUCUAGUCUGGGCCUUGACUAGUCAGUGAGAAGGAAAAAUAUACUGGUGGAUGAGAGUCCUCCAAUCUCUCUGGCUUUUUUUGGGAAUGCAUAAAUGAAGAGGAACCUGUGUAAUAAUUGUAUUUACUGAACAACUUUAAAGCAAGUGUAGUCACAGCAAAGAAAGGGAUGGGCAAGAAAGAGGUAAAAGCUUUCCUGCUGUGACAGAAGUUGACAUUAACAAUGAGUACUGAAUUAAUCAAUCUUAGAUGAUCAAAAAGGGUCUUGACUGGUCACAGACCAGGCAAUCAAGAAUCUGGAUAAAGAAUUGAACUUUCAUGAAACCAAAUUACUGUAUUUCCUCUAGUUCAACCAAAAUAGAAGAUCUGGAUAAAUUGUGUGACCCUGCCUAACAGGACUGUUAUUUUCCAUGUUUAAGAUUUGUACAGCCUGAAAGAAAUGGUGUGAGUAUUCCUUGGUGUGCUCCAAUACAAGUCACUACUCUCUUGAGCACAUGGUCAUAAAGGCUGUUUCAACUUUUAACAUAUUUUUUGGGGAUUAUAAUUACAUCAUUUCCACCCUCUUUUUUCCUGCUUCCAAGUCCAAAUCUGUUAGUCAUUCCAGGCUGGACCUUGACUGGUUAUUGAGAAAGAAAAAGAGACAAAGAAAUGAAUGUUCUAUUUCUUAUUUGGUAGUGGCUAUGCAGAAGCUCUUGUGUAAGAAUGUGAAUUCAUUGUCUAUACAUUACUGGCUGAUCACAGUACAGAAAGUGAGGAGUGGGAAAGAGCCUUAAUAUUUUCCAGUUUUGUCUACAUUUGGGAUUACCAAUAUGUAAUCAGUUAUAGGUGAUCUAUAAAUGUCCCAAGAGGCUGUUUCUUGGGCUCCACAGAUCAGGUUCAUUGGCCAGGAGUUAGACAUGUCCCCAUUGAAAUGUUAGGUCUGUGCCCAGGAGAGAGAUUCUAUUUUCUUGACCAGGUUCCUUUUUCUCUUAACAGGUCUUCUUUGCUACAUUUAACUUUCCUCAUUCUUAGCCCCCUAGGAUCACUUAGCAUUAGAGAUCAGGACUCCCAAACACUUGAAACUGCUGAAAGUCCCAGUGACACUUCUGGCUUUUAUUCAAGAAAGCAACUGGUUACUUUUCUUUGGAGUCUUUUUACUCUAAACUGCUUCGUUGAAUUUUACCUCCAGUUCUUAUCUCACCUCCCUCUGCAGGGGUAACCCUAACUGACGUUAUGGGGUUGGAGCAAUGACUGAUUUGGCUUUGUCCAGCUGUAUUUGGGUUGCCAGGUGGCAUUAUUGGAAUACCCUUCCACCGGUCUUCUUGUAAAGUCCAAACUCUCAGAUAUAGACAGGAAAGGAAUUCCUUUACUGGUGUCUGGAAAGAAUUAAACUGUCCAAAGUCCGUAAGACAUUCUUGAUGUUCACACAAUAGCCCUCAUCUAUUAGAUGUUUCCCUUUGACCUCUAGAGUUGGUCUCCAGAGUGAUGAAGCCACAAUCAGCUUUCACACCCUUUCAUAGUUGUUUCACUAGCCAAAAGUCACCAUGAUGCCCUUCCCAUGUUGCUUCUGUUUAGGGAAAGAAAAGGUAUUUAGCAUCAUUUGGAGCCAAGGUCUGAUGGCUCACAUCCACAAAACAUCAUUUUAUGAAGAAGAAAAUAUCAGUGAGAUUGGUUAUCUAAAUAGCACCUCAAGUAGACAUAUCUAAUGUCUGUGGAAUGUGAUCCCUUGGGUUGUUACCAAUUUCCGUAGUCUUUAGUUAAACUUUCUGUGACUUACUAUCUCUUAAGCAUUGGCAAAUCCUUUAUAUCACCUUUUCAAUUCUUCCACAUCACAGCUUAGUAGAGGAGUACUACCCAACACAAGAAAUGCCAUUUACAACCUCCACAAAUUAACUCCAAAUGGAUCUUACAGCAAAAUGUCAAAUGUGAAGUGGAGAAUCAGAAACUAGGUCUCUCUGAAUUUUUCAAUGUGCUUAGGCCUUGGGAGUUUUCUCCAAGGCCUUGAUGUAUAGAGAAGAAGCUUUUAUAGAGGGAAGAAGCAGAGUUCCUUUUCUAAAUCCAGGAAUAUGCUUGGGAGGGCUGGUAAAGGUCUGGGGCCAAGGCCUUUGGUGAGUGGUUAUUUCAGAUCCUGAGAACCUAAUGUUUUCCACACAUGGAGCUGUGGUUAUCAGUCCCAAGGCCACUGUGGACUUUGUAAUGUUCUUAAGUUACCUUGUGUUCCUGUUGUGCAUCAUUGUCUGAUUAGCCUCCUUCUGAAUUUGUUUUUUUCCUUUAAAAACCAAAUCCAUUGUUUUACAUUCACAAGAGAUUGCUAUUGAAUUUGGCACAAAUCUCCAGCCAAUCUGGGAUAGGUCUGUGGCCAGGGAUCAGAAACACUGUGCUGUGCCCUUCAGCUCACCCAGUUAUGUUACUCAGGUCUCAUUAGCUAAUCAGGGCCUUGAGAAUAAGAAGAUCCCCCAGUCCAUUGGAAGGGCUCUUCCAGGAGGCAGGCUUCUGGCUUAACUCCUCUGCUGAGCAGUCAAAGUUGGUUUGUGUGUGCUUGGCCCUAGGCUCUGCUGUGGGUAGAGUAUGGGUGAGCCCAGCAGCUUCCCAUGGUGAGUGAGAGGCUGCUGUCCACAGAUGGAAAGGAGUGGCCAGCCAUGGUGAAUGAAGUUCCCCUGUCCCCAGACUGGAAGGAGUGGCCAGUUUAGCUUCAGGAGCCAGUGUGGUGGUUCCUCUCCCAGCUAGGUGGAAGCCAGUGGCAAGACAGAGUUUGGAGUAUUCUGCCUGGUCCUGUGUGUACUGCAUCUCCUGCAUGGCCUGUGUGGUCCUAGCAACUCCCUGGGCCAGGACAGCAGCCUCUGAAUAACUUCACUCUAUGGGCUACAUCUGUGCAGAACACCUGCACAAAGCAUGGGAAACAGGACUUUGCUUAGAAAUAUCCUUGUUUUUGACAUCAUUGUGAAAUGUUGGUGCCUGUAGUGCUUGUAUUGUCAUUAUGGAAGACAGAUUUGCCAAACUCAGAGAGCCCUGGUCUCUAUUAUCUUCCAGAAGUUCUCAACUUUUAACAUUUAACAUUUAGGUUUAGAAUCCCACUGGAGUUAAUUUUGUGGAGCUUGUAAACAAUAUCUCAUGUGUAGAGUAGCACUCCACUGCUAAACUGUGAUGUAGAAGAGUAGAAUUGAUGGUAUAAGGAUUUAUCAUAUCUUAGGAAACAUUAAAUCACACAAAGUAGAAUUUAGCCUCCCAAAGACCUCAAAGAGAUUUGAGUAGUAUGCUAACCAUGCCUGUUAGAGAUUAGUGUGAUGUUAUAAAUAUUUGUUCACCAGGUUUAAGCAGCCAUUAAGCUACAUAACAAAGCAGACAACACUGAUUUACUAGAAGCCAAAUGUCCACACCCCCUCAAAGAACAGGCCUCUAAGGUGCUGCUCAAGAGGCCAUUACAGGGUCACAACCAACAUUAAGUCCUAAUGUACCAUGAAGGUAUAUUAAUUCUACAACAGUACAUUCUCAGCCUUUUUGAAAAGUAGUUUUGAGACAGUGUUUCCUGUGUUGAUUGAGGUGGGCUUUAACCCUGUCUGUAGUCCCAUAGGCAUUGCCCUUGUUAUCUGCCUGACUAAACACCCUAAAUUAUUGGAUUAUAGGUCUGUAGCACCACAGAGUUCUGCAAUUACCAGUUUGAGUCACAUAGUGGACUGUCCAUUGCAGUAACAGAAAAAGGAUUUGUGUGGUGAUAUUGUGUUCCCCAAAAUAUUGUGCACCCUAAUAAACUUAUCUGGGGACAGAGAACAGAACAGCCACUAGAUAUAGAGGCAUACACACCUUUAAUCCUAGCAUUCCAGAGGCAGAAAUCCAUCUGGAUCUCUGUGAGUUCAAGGCCACACUGGAAACAGCCAGGCAUGGUAACAAGAGCCUUUAAUCCCAGGAAGUGAUGACAGGAAGCAGAAAGGUAUAAAAACUAGCCUGGUUAAGUUUUUAGGCUUUUGAGCAGCAGUUCAGCUGAGAUUCAUUCUGGAUGAGGACUCAGAAGCUUCCAGUCUGAGGAAACAGGAUCAGCUGAGGAACUGGUGAGGUGAGGAAGCUGUGGUUUGUUCUGCUUCUCUGAUCUUCCAAUUUUCACUCCACUACCUGGCUCUAGGUUUGUUUUUCUUGUUAAGACCUUCUAACAAUUCAUGCUACAGAUUUGCAUGUGGAACAUGGCUUCUUCAUUAAGACCAGAAGAGGGGGAACAGUGUACUGUGUACACUUCAGGAGGAAACAGACUAGACAAUAGCUAGACCAUGGACUGAAGUUGAAGGCAGUAAACUGCUGGGGUCUCCAUCAUAAAGAAGGACAUGUGGGGCAGGGUGAGUGACUUUCUGUGUAAUUUCCCAGCAUGUAUUAAUUCCUUCAUGUGAAUAAAGAAAGACAGACUUGGUGGGUGUACAGUUUAGAGGGAAUAGCUUGAACUAGUGAGUGUUCAGAUUCCAACUAGGGGAAUUCUCCUAUGUGCAAUUCUGGUUGACACAGUUAAAUCAGCUUAGAGGUUUGAGACAUAGGCCAUUGGCUGUAAAUUUGGGUCAGUUUAGAGCAUUCAGCAGCUAACAUUUUACACAGGACAAAGUCAUACAAAGUCUUAUUAAAGGCAUUCACUCUACCAGGGAAGCUACUAGUCUUUCAACAUCAGUAUAUCCUAUUGUUCUUUUAAUAAUUUUUACCAUUUUAAAGUCCUCUACCUGGUGGGUCAUGCCUCCCUUGGGGUGGGGGGCCAGUGGGGGGAAUGUGUGUGUCAAACAACCCAAUCUCAAGAUAGCCUAAGACCAUCAGAAAGCAUAGAUAUUUAUAUUGAUUCAUAACAGUAGCAAAAUUAUAGUUAUGAAGUAGUAGUGAAAAUAAUUCUAUGAUUAAUGGGGUCACCACAAUGUGAAGAACUAUAUUAAAGGGUCACAGUGUUAUGAAGCUUGAGAACUACUGGUUCAGGUUAAUGUCUCUGGUAGCUCAAGCUUGCAUUACACAAUGUAAUUGACGGAAUUGCUUUAAAAAUUUAAUUCUGACUCUCCUGCCUAGUCCUGGGAAGACAGUCCUGUAAUUACUUCCAGGCUGGUCCUCUACUGGUCUGUGAAAAUGAGGAAUAAAACAGUGAAUGAGUGUCCUCCAAUCUUUCUGACUUUUAUUAGGAACUUAAAUUGAAGAGGGAUCUGUGUAAGAAUUGAGUUCACUGAUGAACUAUAGAGCAAAUAUAUUCACAGCACAGAAAGGGAAGGGCAAGAAGGAGUUUCACUUUCCUGCUUUGACAGUAGUUGAUAUUCGUGGUGAUAUUUGUAAUCUAAGAAAUAAAGCUUGCCUGCAGAUCAGAGGAUAGAGCCAGCCACAGAGUUAAAUAAACAGAGGUCAGGCAGUGGUGGCGCACACCUUUAAUCCUAGCACUCAGGAGGCAGAGAUCUGCCUAGAUCUCUGUGAGUUCAAGGCCACACUGGACUACAUGAGAUUGAUCCAGUCUAGCAGAGAAACAGAGCCAGGCAGUGGUGGUACAUACCUUUAACCCCAGUGUUUGGGAAGCACACACACUAUUAAUCCCAGCACUAUGAAGGUUGAGAUAGGAAGUGAAGUGACUGGGCAGAGAAAGGAAUAUAAGGUGUGAGGAGACAGGAACAAAAAAUCCUUUUGGCUGAGGACUCAGGAACAUUCAGUCUGAGGAUUCAUGGAAACAGGAUUGGUGAGGUGAGAAGUGGUUGUGGCUUGUUUCCUCUGGUCUUUCAGCAUUUACCCCAAUAUCUGGCCCUGGAUUUUCAUUGUAAGACCAUUUAGGAUUUGUGCAACAGAUAUUAGCAUUGAGUAGUGAGGUAAUCAAUUUUUUCAUGAUGUCAUUGUUUUAAGAAUUGAGUAAUAUUAUAUUGUAUAAAUGUACCACAUUUCCCUUAUACAUUCUUCAGUUCAGAGACAUAUUGGCUAUUUCCAGUUCUGGCUAUUAUGAAUAGAAACUCAGUGAAUAUAGUUAAGCAAAAAUCUGUGUUGUAGGAUGGAACAUCCUUUGGGUAUAUGCCCAAAAGUGGUAUAGCUGGAUCUUGAGGUAGAUAGAUUCCCAGUUUUCCGAGGAACCAUGAUAUUGAUUUCUAUAGUGGCAGUAUUAGUUUGCACUUCUACAAGCAGUGGAGGUGUGUUCCUCUUGCUCCACAUCUUCACUAGCAUUAGUUGUAACUGGGGUUUUUGAUAUUAGGCUUUCUGACUGGUGUAAGAUGGAAUCUAAAAGUAGUUUUGAUUUGGAUUUCCAUGGUGGCUAAGUGUGUUGAACAUUUCUUGAAACAUUUCUCAGCUAUUUGAGAUUCCUCUGUUGAGAAUUCUCUGCUUAGAUCUGUGCCCCAUUUUUUUAUUUGAAUUAUUCAGAUUUUCAACUGUAGGCAGACGUUUCCUUCCUGCCGGCAGCUGCCAAAAUAAACACACUGAGGCUUAUAUUAAUUACAAAUUCCCAGCCAGUAGCUUAGACUUACUAUUAACUAGCUCUUACAACUUAAAUUAACUCAUUUCAAUUAACCUAUGUGCUGCUUGCCCCGAGUCUCGUGGCAUUUACCUAUCUGGCAUGUCUUCCUGUCUAGCUGGUGAGUCCUAUGACUGCCCUUGUUUUUUCCAGAAUUCUCCUAGUCUGGCUCUCCCACCCACUCUCUUCCUGCCCAACUAUAGGUCAGUCACUUCUUUAUUAAUCAAUGAGAGUAAUAGGUAUUCACAGUGUACAGAAGGAUUAUUCCACAGCAUUCAACAUCUAGUUUUUGAGUUCUUUACAUAUUUUGCAUAUUUGGCAUCUAUUGGGUGUGGAAUUGUUAAAAAUCUUUCACCAUUACCUAAGCAGUCUUUUUGAUUGACUGUUCUUUGCCUUAGAGAAGCUUUACAAUCUCUUAAGGUCUCAUUUACUAAUUGUUGAUCUUAGUACCUGCACUCUUGGUGUUCUGUUCAGAAAGUUGUCUCCUGUGCCAGUGCAUUCAAGGCUUUUCCCCACUUUGUCUUGAAUCAUUUUCAGUGUAUCUGGUUUUAUGUUGGGGUCUUUGACCUACUUUGAUUUGAGUUUUGUACAGGGUGAAUGUUGCGGGACCCUGGACUGGAGAGGUGUACCAAACAGAGCUCCAGAGAACACCGCUGGACUGCGAUACACCUUCCCCAGACUCCGCGACCUACCUAUCCCUUAAUUUUUUCUGAAGACAAGGUUUGUCUGAGUAGCCCUGGAUGUUCUGAAAGUUGCUCUGUAGACCAGGCUGGCUUCAAAAUCAGAGAUUCACCUGAUUCUUGCUCCCACAUGCUGGGAUUAAAGGAUGCAGUGACCUAUAAUGAUGUGCAUGUCAACUUCACUCAGGAAGAGUGGGCAUUGCUGGAUCCUUCCCAGAAGAAUCUCUACAGAGAUGUGAUGCUGGAGACCUAUACGAACCUCACUGAUAUAGGCUACAAUUGGGAAGAUCAUAAAGUUGAAGAGCAUUGUCAAAGUUCUCAAAGAUAUGGAAGGCAUGAAAGAAGUCAUACAGGAGAGCAAACUUCUGAAUAUACUGAAUGUGUUAAAGCAUUUUCAUAUCAUAGUCUUCUUCAAAGGCAUGAAAUUCAUAUUGGAAAGAAACCCUAUGCAGGUAUUCAAUAUGGUGAAGCCUUAACAUGUCAUAAUAGACUCCGAAUACAUAAACAUACACAUACUGGAGAGAAACCCUAUGAAUGUAAUCAAUGUGGUAAAGCAUUUGCAUAUCAAAGUCUUCUUCAAAUGCAUGAAAGAACACAUACUGGAGAGAAACCCUAUGAAUGUAAUCAAUGUGGUAAAGCCUUUGCACGUUAUAGUCAUCUUCAAAGGCAUGAAAGAACACAUACAGGAAUGAAACCCUAUGACUGUAAUCAAUGUGAUAAAGCCUUUGCAUGUCAUAGUUAUCUCAAAAUACAUAAAAGAACACAUACUGGAGAGAAACCCUAUGAAUGUAAUCAAUGUGGUAAAGCCUUCGCACGUCACAGUAGUCUCCAAAUACAUAAAAGAACACAUACUGGAGAGAAACCCUAUGAAUGUAAUCAAUGUGGUAAAGCCUUUGCUCAUCACAAUUCUCUUAAAUGGCAUAAAAGAAUACAUACUGGAGAGAAACCCUAUGAACAUAAUCAAUGUGGUAAAGCCUUUGCACAACAAGGUCAUCUUCAAAGACAUGAAAGAACACAUACUGGAGAGAAACCCUAUGGAUGUAAUCAAUGUGAUAAAGCCUUUGGAUGUCACAGUUAUCUCAAAAUACAUAAAAGAACACAUACUGAAGAGAAACCCUAUGGAUGUAAUCAAUGUGAUAAAGCCUUUGGAUGUCACAGUUAUCUCAAAAUACAUAAAAGAACACAUACUGGAGAGAAACCCUAUGAAUGUAAUCAAUGUGGUAAAGCCUUUGCUCAUCACAGUUAUCUCAAAAUACAUAAAAGAAUACAUACUGGAGAGAAACCCUACGAAUGUAAUCAGUGUGAUAAAGCCUUUGCUCAUAACAAUUCUCUUCAAUGGCAUAAAAGAACACAUACUGGAGAGAAACCGUAUGAAUGUAAUCAAUGUGGUAAAUCCUUUGGACAACAAAGUGAUCUUCAAGUGCAUAAAAGAAUACAUACUGAAGAGAAACCCUAUGAAUGUAAUCAAUGUGGUAAAGUCUUUGCACAACAAGGUCAUCUUCUAAUGCAUGAAAGAACACAUACUGGAAAAAAACCCUAUGAAUGUAAUCAAUGUGGUAAAGCCUUUGGAUGUCACAAUUAUCUCAAAAUACAUAAAAGAAUACAUACUGGAGAGAAACCCUACGAAUGUAAUCAGUGUGGUAAAGCCUUUGCAUAUCACAGUUAUCUCAAAAUACAUAAAAGAACACAUACUGGAGAGAAACCCUAUGAAUGUAAUCAAUGUGGUAAAGCCUUUGUAUGUCACAGUAGUCUCCAAAUACAUAAGAAAACACAUACGGGAGAGAAACCCUAUGAAUGUAAUCAAUGUGGUAAAGCAUUUGCAUAUCAUAGUCUUCUUCAAAUGCAUGAAAGAACACAUACUGGAGAGAAACCCUAUGAAUGUAGUCAAUGUGGUAAAGCCUUUGCACAACACAGUUGUCUCCAACUACAUAAAAGAACACAUACAGGAGUGAAACCCUAUGAAUGUAAUCAAUGUGGUAAAGCCUUUGGGCAACAAAGUAAUCUUCAAAUGCAUGAAAGAAUACAUACUGAAGAGAAACCCUAUGAAUGUAAUCAAUGUGGUAAAGUCUUUGCACAACAAGGUCAUCUUCAAAUGCAUGAAAAAAUACAUACUGGAGAGAAACCCUAUGAAUGUAAUCAAUGUGGUAAAGCCUUCGCAUAUCACAGUUAUCUCAAAAUACAUAAAAGAACACAUACUGGAGAGAAACCCUAUGAUUGUAAUCAAUGUGGUAAAGCCUUCGCAUAUCACAGUUAUCUCAAAAUACAUAAAAGAACACAUACUGGAGAGAAACCCUAUGAAUGUAAUCAAUGUGGUAAGGCUUUUGUAUGUCACAACAGUCUCCGAAUACAUAAAAGAACACAUACUGGAGAGAAACACUAAGAAUGUAAUCAAUGUGGUAAAGCAUUUGCAUAUCAUAGUCUUCAAAUGCAUGAAAGAACACAUACUGGAGAGAAACCCUACAUGAGUAACUUUUAGUGUGUAAUUAGUCUGUUAAAGCCUUUGAAUAUAGCAUUAGAUUUUUGAGGAUCUGAAAAACUCAUGCUGAAGGGAAUCUGAAUAUAAAGCAUUUGGUAAUAUUUUAAGCCAACCCAUUUACAUUACACGAAAUUAUUCUGGAGAAAACAAUCUGACAAGUGUCAACAAUUGGUUCAAGCAAUAUGAUGCCCCCUCUUUAUUUUAUUUACACCUGCAAGCUCACAUGGACACAAGGCCUAUGAAUUUAAAUGAUAAAGUAAUUUUUAGAUUUUAUACUUCUCAAUUACAUGAGAUAAUGAAUCUAGGUGUAAAACUUUCUGCAUGUGUAUUAGUGCCUUUUCUGUUGCUGUGAUAUAACAUCAUGUCUAUAUUUGCUUACAAAAGUGUUUAAUUUGUCCCUGGGUUCCAGAGCAAUACAGGAUCACCAUGAAAGUGGCAUGGAAACAAGUGUCAGACAUGGCAGCUAAAGUAGGAAGCUAAAAAUUCAUAUCCUUAACCUGCAGCAUGAAGCAGAAAGUGUAAAUUGGAAAUGGUGUGCAGAUAUAAACUCUCAGGCCAACCACCAGUGAAAUAUUUCUUCCAUCAGGGCAGCAUUUUCUAAAUCUUCAAACAUGAUAUCACAGACUGAGAAUGAUUGAUUCUCUGACUUCAAGCCUACAUGCUUGCUUUCUAUUACAUGAACCAGUUCAUGAUGGAGAAAAACUCUGUAAGCCUCGAGAUGCCUCAGCACCUGUAUUACAGGAAUUAUAAGAGAAAAACAUUCAUGAGUGAAAAUUAGUUUAAAGAUUUGUUUUAAUUUUAAUUAUGCAAUGUCAGUGUGUCUUUGUGUGGGUAUGUGCAUGUGCAUUCUGGUUUCCAAACAGGUUAGACCUUUGGAGUUUUUUGUGUCAAAAAUUACUAGAAGUCAUUAAAAACCUGACCUUGGUCCUGGGAAUAAACUUAUAUUAAGGGCUCA